AAGCAAUGGAGGAAGUGGAAAAUGAAGAAUGUCACAAACUACAUGACUGCCGUUGUCAUCCUUGGAACAAGCUGCCAAUGGAGAUAAAACUCGAAAUAUUGAAUUUUCUGUCACUGCCGACGCUAAGAAAAUUUAUGUUCCUGAGCAAAGAAUGCUUGAAUCUUGUCACAAACAUGAGAGUGGAUUCGAUGUCAAUGCAUCUUGAUGAUAAUACGUUUAUCGGAGAUAGGAAGAAUACAGUCACGGUGCGAAUAUCACGUAAAAUCAAAACCCCAUAUUUGAGCUGCUUUGUGACACAUUAUGAUCUUCAAUUCCAAGAUUUAGACAGUGGUGGUUGCUUUGUUGCAAGGGAAGUGAUCGAAGAUAAAAGGAAGGUACUAAAAGUUGGCAUAACCUACCCCGAAGAAACGAAAUAUACAGCUGCUCUUCGAGUGUUUGCGCAGUUCACAAAGUGGAUCAAAGCGGAAAGUUUAUGCGUAACCAUGUCCCCUACGGAUGCGGAAGUGAAUAGGAUGCGCGACAUGAUCCCCGAAACGCAGAAGUUUUCUUGCAGUAUAUUUGGUAUUGAAACACAGAAUCCGUUAUUAGUGAGCCUAUUCAUGGAACAUCUACAACCCGGUUGUAGUCUUCUCAUGAACGAAUAUACGCAACUGGAUGGAAACGAAUGUCUGCUGAAUCGAGAGUUCUUCGAUACUGAUGUUGCGAAAUGUUCCCCUUCACUAAAUAUCAACGCGCUAACAGAGAUUACGGACGACCAAUUGCUUAAUCUUCAAGCUGAUGUGAUAUUUAUAGCUAGUAGUCAUAUCACCUCGCGAGCAGUCAAUCAGAUUAUCAGGGAAUGGUUCGAAGGUAAGAGGAAAAUUAGUCAAAUGUUCUUCGACGCAAUGAAGCAGCCAUCAGAGGGUGUCUUGACCGAUAUCGACCCAGCAAACUUUCGCACGGCUGAGGAACUUCUGGAAAUAGUAUCAGAGGUUUCGCAAUGGAGAGUACGAGAAUUGUCUCCUCCAUGGGUAGGAAUUCAAAGUAAAAAUGGUUCAGUGCUGAUAGUAAAAUUGGGAAGGAAAUCCUGUAGCUUACUCAGUUUAGAUCUGGAGUAAUUUUUCAUGCCCGUGCCUUUUUGUAUAUUUCCAUUUUCGUAGGCUCAAUCUUUCCUAAGUGUAGGAUCUUUCUAGCCAGAUCUCGGUUUCCA